UGUAUACAAUGGUCACGUGACAAAUUAGAUGUGGGUGGUAUCAAACCAAAAUGGCUGACCGGACGACAUGAUCAAUGUAGAGUGUCGAGUAUCGAAACAAGCAGGUUUGUGUUUUUCAAUCAACUAUACUCAAUACUCUUAAGAAUUAGCUUAAAAUUCCUGAUUGCUACGAUAUACAACUUCACUGUGAGGACAGUCGGAUGGUCUACGUUUAUUUGUGUAUGAAGAACCAUGGCAGCAAGUCGUCUAGCUAGUAACCUUACAGAGGAUUAUCUCACAUGUAGCAUAUGUUGUGAAAUAUUUCGAGAUCCUCGUCAGUUGUCCUGUGAUCAUUCCUUCUGCCUCGCUUGUUUACUUGAUUACGGACAGAAAUGUGUAGUGUCGGGACAACUUUCAUGUCCAAUAUGUCGAUGUGAAAAUCUGUGUCCGAGUGGAAAAGAUUUCCACGCCUGGAUAAGAUCUUUUCCCUCUGACAUUCUUCUGGUAGCUAUUUUAACUACGGUACAAAAUCAUGAUCAGAAUUCGCUUACUUCUCCUGAGGAAAGCGCACUUUUAGAUAAGGACUCGAAAAAGAAGGACGAAAAAAGUUUUUGUAUCAGGCAUAAGUCCAAUGUCCAGGAUGUCUACUGCUUUACGCAUGCGCUGUUGCUCUGUGCAACCUGUGCGUGGAUAGAUCACGACCAAUGUCUUAAAUUUCCAUUGGAUGACUGUUCGGAAAAAAUCACCGUAAUUAUUCAACAACUAAAAUUCAGGUUUGAUCAACUUUCAAAUCGCGUUACACAUGUCAAAGACCAAGGAAUACGCGCAAACCACAUAAUCGAGCAAUGCAAAUCUAAGUCGCAAGCCAGGCUACGUGACGUGCAAGAUGUCCUUCAACAGUUUUGGGGCAAAGCACAGUUAAAUGUUCAGCAUCUCGCGCAGUCUAUUCACCAACGAGAUAACGAGGUCAUGAACGCCCUGUCAUCAAUAUCCGUUAUACAAGAUGACCUAUUGCACCUGACGCAGGAUCUUGGAAAUGCCAAUCAGACAGGAAGUAAGAUGAAAGCAUUGGAUUUGCUACAGGAAUGUGAAAGACGUGCAACGGAACACCAUCAGUGCUUGAAUAAUAUUGAAGUCAGGUUGGGGACUUCAACUCCUUUCAAUUUAGAUGUUAAUGAAGAUCUAUUACAGUUUUGUGCAAACUUUCGUGAUGUUGGUAACCUAAGUUCCAGUUCAUCGGCAAGUGUUCAGGCGGAUGAUACAAAAGAUUUAGAGUCUUUUUUACAAGUGGUUCCGGUGCCAUCUGCUAAUCAAGGAAGCGAUACUGGUAGACAGUCUGAAAUUUCACAUGAAUUCGAUGUUCUUGAGCGGUCAUCAAACCCCAAACCAGAUAGUUCUGUAGAUUCUCUGAGCUCUACAUUAGUUAAAGCUACUCGUCCUGUGAAAUUUACAGCAGAUGAUGCUGAAUCUUUAUCAGAUGUUUCUAUCAUGUCAUCAGCCUCGAAGUUAGAUAGUGAAGAAAGUUACGUGCAUGGAGCCGGGAAGCGGGGUUCUCUGGCAUCGAUAUCGUCAACAGCUUUGUUUGAAAGCUUUUCUCAUCGAGCGGUUCAUGUAGGGGAGAAUAUUCGUGGAAUAUUUACACUUUCAGAUGUAUGUAUCGUUGGAGAACACGUGGUAGUCGUGGACCAGUACAACAGCCUCGUUAUGAAGUUCGAUGUCCACUCAGGAGUUCACAUGCAGAAACUGUCCAUAAUGGAACCUCAUCACAUCGCACUUAUACCGGAAACACAUACAAUAGUCAUCACGUGCUGGUCCCAUAACGAGAUUUCUACAGUAGAGGUUGAGCCAAGUCUAAAGACAACAGGUGAACCGCUGAAAACUUCCAAACACUACAUUGGGAUAUACGCUUAUGAUCGACAAAGGAUGUUGGUUUCGGCCCUUGACAAAUCGAUCGACGUCAUCAACUUCCAAGGUCACGUGAUUCAUUCUAUCCGCCCACGCUUCCAAACUCUACUUCCGGGAAUUUUAGUUGGCAAAUGUAUUCUUUUUCCUGCAGACCUUUGCAUUCUAUCAGAAGAUAGCAUCUUGGUAUUCGAUGGGGUGCGGAAAUCCCUUGUUGCCGUCCAUUUUUCCGGUAAAACUCUCUGGAGUAAAUACAUUGAGGGUGUUUCCGGAUUCACCGUGUUUGAAGAGACAGUCUAUGUGUGUAAUAGCAAGACAAACACCAUCACGACUUUGACUAGGGACGGAAAAAUCAAAGAUAAAAAUUUCUUAUCGAAAUUCGUCGGAAUCAAACGUCCAUGGGCAAUAGAUGUCCGUAAAAACGUAACUGUUGUUACUGAAGACACACCAUCCGGGACAUUCCACAUUGUCGUUGUUGAUGGUGAAGACCGUCAUUGUUAAAAAAAAACAGAAACAAAUACAACAGAAACAGAAAUAGUGUGUAUCACAUUGAUUUAUUUGAUCAGCCAUGUCCAGUCCUUUAGAAACAAUGUUGUUUUUAAAAUCUUACAGAAGAGACAUCACAAACAAUACAGCGUCAUUGAUCUUUGGAAAGCGCAGAGCUAUUACAUUUAAUUAGUCACUUCGAUUUUCAAAAUAAUUCUGACUUUUGUCUGUGGAAAAUAUAUAUUGGAUCAAAUAACAGUUUUUAAUUAAUUUUUUAUUUCUUCAGCCGAUUUUUCGAUGUGUUUAUUUUUGGAAGACUUUGCAAGCAAACAUCAAGACUCUAAGACGAAAUUCAUAUAAGCUCAUUUGAAGUGGAAAUCUGACAGACGCAGCUAAUGAUAAAAGCUCAAGUAUAUAUUUCGUUAAUGACUGAUACUCUAAGAUAGUACAGGACGAAUUCGCUGGAUAAUUGAGGAAUUAUGUGAUACGAUGGCAAAGGAUAAAAUAAAUGCUGAAUGAUUAAAAUAAA